UGCAGCCAACACUGGAGCUUUGUUAAAUUAUGGACACGACUGCCCCGACGCAUGUGAAAAACACUGGAAAGGUGGAGGAAGAUUUACAAGAAGGCAACGUGAAGGCGCAUGUGGAAGGAUCCGGUGAAGCAUGGGGCUCCUGCCCUAAGCGCCUGCGCGGCUUCAUCACACCGGAGUACCGACAUGAGCUGGUUCAACUCUGCAAACUAGCGGGACCAGUGGUCAUUUCCCAGUUGAUGGUUUUCAUGAUCAGUUUCGUCAGCACAGUGUUUUGCGGUCACAUGGGGAAAACUGAGCUUGCAGGAGUAGCAUUAGCAAUUGCGGUGGUUAAUGUCAGUGGUGUGUCCAUUGGAAGUGGUUUGUCGUUAACUUGUGAUACCCUAAUAUCUCAGACGUAUGGGAGCGGUAACUUGAAGCGAGUGGGUGUGAUUCUCCAAAGGGGGAUUUUGAUUCUGCUGUUGGCCUGUUUCCCUUGCUGGGCCAUCCUCAUCAACACUGAACCUCUCCUCCUUGCUGUCAGACAAAGCCCAGAGGUCGCCAGCCUGUCACAGAUGUAUGUGAAGAUCUUCAUGCCUGCUCUACCGGCAGCGUUUAUGUACCAGCUACAAGGGAGGUAUCUUCAAAAUCAGGGAAUUAUAUGGCCUCAGGUUAUAACUGGAGUGGUUGUUAAUAUCUUCAAUGCUGUCAUCAACUACAUUUUCCUCUUUCUUCUGAAUAUGGGUGUUGCUGGAUCUGCAGCUGCCAAUGCCAUCUCUCAGUAUUUGUUGGCUGUGUUUUUAUACAUUUACAUCUGCGGGAGGGGUCUGCACAAGGCCACGUGGGGAGGUUGGUCACUGGACUGUUUGCAGGAGUGGGGACCCUUCAUGCAGUUGGCCAUUCCCAGUAUGCUCAUGCUGUGUCUGGAGUGGUGGAUGUUUGAGCUGGGAGGAUUCCUGGCCGGAUUGAUUAGUGACACUGAGCUGGGAGCUCAGUCGAUAGCAUAUGAGCUAGCUGUUUUAGCUUACAUGUUCCCAUUGGGAUUCUCUGCGGCUGCCAGUGUUCGAGUGGGAAACGCGCUUGGUGCAGGAAACAUAGAACAGGCCAAGUUAUCAUCCAAACUCCCCAUCAUCUGUGCAUUCUUCAUUGCAUGUAUUAUUGGAGGUAGUCUCAGCAUCGCCAGACAUCUCGUUGGAUACAUUUUCACCUCAGAACAAGACAUUUUACAGAGGGUUGCUGACGUCAUGAUUAUAUUUUGUUUCAUGCAUAUUUUUGAUGCCACUGCGGGUGUGGCUGGAGGAGUUCUUAGAGGAGUAGGUAAACCAUUGGUUGGUGCUCUGUGUAACCUUGUGGGAUACUACUUCAUUGGCUUCCCCAUUGGUGUGUCCCUUAUGUUUGCAGCAAAAAUGGGGAUUGUAGGACUAUGGACUGGAACUACCAUUUGUGUGGUGAUCCAAUCAAGUUUCUUUAUCAUGUUUUUGUACAAACUUGAUUGGAAGAGGGCUGCUGAAGAGGCUCUUGUGAGAGCAGGAGUCCAGAUUAAAGAAGAAAACAACAUUGUGCCGAUAGAAAACAAAGACCCAAAUCCCAACCAGGCCCAGGUGGUCAGCACCAUUGAGUCAAGUUGUGAGAGUACUGAAGAGGGCAACCCACACGAGGAGGCGCAUGAUCCAAACCAGAGCAGAUACACAACUACGACAGUGGGAAAUGUUCUCUCAGUAACACAACUGGUGUUACGUCGGGGACUGGCACUGAUAGUUAUGGUUGUCAUCCUCAUCGUUGGAAUCAUCGCCAGCUACUUCCUCAAUAAGCUGCUAAAAUGAAUCCUUGGAUGAUGCAAGGGUGGCAAUCAGAAUAAUGGCUGCCAGGUUUGUUAGCGUAAAGUUCAGUAAAACACUUAUUUUAACACUGAAUGACAUUAUAGUAUGAAAUGGUGUCAUGUGGACACUGGCAUAAAGCCCAGAGUUGCAGUGACAGUUCUUCUGGAAGUUUCUGGGAAGAGCUGUGAUGGUCCCAAAAGUGUCUUCAGUUGAGAAUUGUGGAGGCCAUUUUUCUCUUGGUAACCUUGAAGGUAGUAUAAUUUGUUUAGCCUUUGCAGAUCUGUGCCUCAGCACAUUCCUGUAUCUGAGCUCUGUAGACAGCUCCUUCGACCUCAUAGUCUCUGUAAUGCGUUCCUUUCUAGAUCAUAUCCAAUCUAAACUCACGACAGGUGGACUCCAUUCCAUAUUCCAACAUCUCCUAUUUCAAGAUGAAUGGGAGGGAGCUGAAUUAAGACUAAAUGGUAUAUUGAAUUUAGAUAAACGAGGCGUAUAGGCUGCACCAAAACAAAAUGUAAGAAAAAUGGUGUGAAUGCUUUCACAAUGUAUAAGACUCAGUAUCACUGAUCAAAUAGUCGAUUGUUCAAAAGUAACUUUGUAACCCUUUUUUGUCACCAAAUGGUUUCUGAAAUAAAACAAUAUCAAUCUAAA